CACCAACCCUUAAAUUAUCAGAUUCCGUUCCUAUACUAGAAAAUAUCAAAUAUAUAUAUAUUUUUUUCUCUCUCUCCUCUCAGUUGGUUUUUAUUAUUCACCUGAUUUUUGUGCUCGUCCACUCUCUCAAUUUUAAUAGCAGUUAAUCUCCUCUGUGUUCGGGUUCGAGCUUUCGUCUCAUCAAGGUACCAUUGUCACAGGUUUAUGCAAAUUGACUAUCAAGUAUAAAACCUGAAUUUUGAGAUUUUGUCUGAGCACCAUAAGUGGAGAAUGAUCCAAAGGUAUGGAUUAUAAUAAUGUGCAUGAAAUACCAUGGUGCAGUGCUUAGAGGGGAUCAAGCAUUUAUGUGCUGCAGUGCUUCAGUGUUGUGAACUUGAUAGGCAAUCAAGGGGCCUAGAGGAUCCUGAAGUCCUUGCACGAGAGACCGUGUUUAGUGUGAGUGAAAUAGAAGCACUUUAUGAGCUCUUUAAGAAGAUUAGCAGUGCUGUGAUUGAUGACGGGCUGAUCAACAAGGAAGAAUUUCAAUUAGCAUUGUUCAAGACUAACAAAAAAGAGAGUUUGUUUGCUGAUCGGCAGGUAUUCGACUUGUUUGACACAAAGCAUAAUGGAAUUCUUGGAUUUGAGGAGUUCGCCCGUGCACUCUCUGUAUUCCAUCCAAAUGCUCCUAUUGAUGAUAAGAUCGAAUUUUCUUUUCAAUUGUAUGAUCUCAAGCAGCAAGGUUUUAUUGAGAGGCAAGAGGUGAAGCAAAUGGUGGUUGCCACUCUUGCUGAAUCUGGCAUGAACCUGUCUGAUGAAGUUAUUGAGAGCAUCAUUGACAAGACCUUUGAAGAGGCUGAUACUAAGCAUGACGGGAAAAUUGAUAAAGAAGAAUGGAGAAGUCUAGUUUUGCGGCAUCCGUCACUUCUGAAGAACAUGACUCUUCAGUAUCUCAAGGAUAUAACCACUACAUUUCCGAGCUUUGUUUUUCAUUCAAGAGUUGAGGAUACCUGAUUCCAGAAGUUUGGUGCUAGCCCUGCCCUCUGUUUGUAAAUGUUGGUUUGGUCGUGCUAUUAUUGCUUCAAUUGCUUUUCUGGGAUGCUAUGUGUCAUUUUAUGGGCAAUUAAUGGAUUGGAUUCUGUUGCUAUGUCUCUGUUGUUUACAAGAUGAAAUAAGGACUGUAUUCUCAUUGUAAGUGUCGAUAACUAAAUCACGCUUGCUCAUGCCAAUACAGCCUUACGGCGUUUUUGGCCUGAUGGUUAUUUGUUGAUUGGGAGAUUGAGAAAUUGCCGAUGUUGCAGGACUCAGUGUAGUUGCUUUACAUACUCUUGGAAUUGGAUCCAUGCCAGGAUAACUGAA